GCCGUCACCUGUACCUACUCCCUCCUCUCUCUCUCUCUAUUCCCUCGUAAUUCCAUCGUUUCGCCGGCGAUCUUCCGCCCCGGAUCGAGCCUCCGCCGCCGCUUGCCGCUGCCGCCACCACCACCCACCCAUGACUAUGAUGACUCCGCCCCCUCUCGACCAGGAGGACGAGGAGAUGCUGGUCCCGCACCAAGAGUUCCCCGAGGGACCCCAGCCCAUGGAAGUUAUACCGAAUGAGAUGGGCACCGCGCCGGAGAGUCAGCAAGUGGAGGAUCCACCUUCGUUCAAAUUUAGAUGGACCAUCGAGAACUUCUCCAGGUUGAACAUUAAGAAGCUUUACUCUGACAUUUUCUACGUCGGAGGAUACAAGUGGCGGGUGCUAAUUUUCCCCAAGGGAAAUAAUGUAGACCACUUGUCCAUAUACCUGGAUGUUGCUGAUUCAGCCACUUUGCCAUAUGGUUGGAGUAGAUAUGCACAGUUUGCACUCGCCGUCGUUAAUCAAAUUCACAGCAAGUACACAAUAAGAAAAGAUACGCAACACCAAUUUAAUUCACGUGAAAGUGACUGGGGAUUCACUUCAUUUAUGUCUCUGAGUGAACUCUAUGAUCCGAGUAGAGGAUAUCUUGUCAAUGAUACAUGUGUAAUUGAAGCUGAAGUUGUUGUCCGUAGGGUGGUAGACUACUGGAGUUAUGACUCGAAAAAGGAAACGGGCUUUGUUGGUCUUAAGAACCAAGGAGCUACUUGUUACAUGAACUCUCUUCUUCAGACUUUGUAUCAUAUUCCAUAUUUCAGAAAGGCUGUUUAUCAUAUGCCAACAACAGAGAAUGAUAUGCCAUCUGGAAGCAUUCCGUUGGCUCUGCAGAGCCUGUUCUAUAAGCUUCAGUACAGUGACAACAGUGUUGCUACAAAAGAGCUGACAAAGUCGUUUGGCUGGGACACAUAUGAUUCUUUUAUGCAACAUGACGUCCAGGAACUCAACAGGGUUCUUUGUGAAAAAUUGGAAGACAAGAUGAAGGGUACUGUUGUUGAGGGCACAAUCCAGCAUUUAUUUGAGGGACAUCAUAUGAACUAUAUUGAAUGCAUUAAUGUUGACUACAAAUCCACGAGAAAGGAGUCGUUCUAUGACCUACAGUUAGAUGUAAAGGGUUGUCGAGAUGUUUAUGCAUCAUUUGAUAAGUAUGUAGAAGUCGAGCGGCUGGAGGGUGAUAACAAAUAUCAUGCUGAAAAUCAUGGCUUACAGGAUGCUAAGAAAGGUGUUCUAUUUAUUGAUUUCCCCCCUGUUUUGCAACUCCAGCUCAAGCGUUUUGAAUAUGAUUUCAUGCGGGAUACAAUGGUGAAGAUAAAUGACCGUUAUGAGUUCCCACUUCAGCUAGACCUCGAUAGUGACAAUGGCAAAUAUCUUUCUCCAGAAGCAGACAGGAGGGUUCGUAAUCUCUAUACUCUUCACAGUGUUCUUGUUCACAGUGGUGGGGUGCACGGAGGACAUUACUAUGCUUUCAUCCGACCAACUCUAUCGGAUCAGUGGUUUAAGUUCGAUGAUGAGCGAGUGACAAAGGAAGACGCUAAAAGGGCACUAGAGGAGCAGUAUGGUGGUGAAGAAGAGUUGCCUCAGACAAAUCCCGGCUUCAAUAACACUCCAUUUAAAUUUACCAAAUAUUCAAAUGCUUACAUGCUUGUGUACAUUCGUGAGAGCGACAAGGAGAAAAUUAUGUGUGAUGUGGAUGAGAAAGACAUAGCAGAGCACCUAAGAAUAAGAUUGAAGAAAGAACAAGAAGAGAAGGAGAACAAAAAGAAGGAGAAGGCUGAGGCUCAUCUUUAUACCAUCAUAAAGGUUGCUCGGAAUGAGGAUUUGGCAGAACAGAUUGGAAAGGAAAUAUUUUUCGAUCUAGUAGACCAUGACAAAGUUCGGAACUUUCGUGUCCAGAAACAACUGCCAUUCAGCCAUUUUAAGCAUCACUGGUUCAAAAAUAAUGCACUUGGCAGGAGGAAGUGGCCAAAGAAUUUGGUAUACCGGUGCAGUUUCAUCGCUUUUGGCUGUGGGCCAAGCGGCAAAACCACACAUACCGCCCCAAUCGGCCUUUAACACCUCAGGAGGAAGCACAGCCUGUUUGAGACAUGCUAUCAGAUUGCCCUUGCUAUCAAGAAAGAAGUCGAGGAUUUGGAAGCUGCUGGUAUUCAGGUUAUCCAGAUAGAUGAAGCAGCUUUACGAGAAGGCCUUCCCCUUCGCAAGUCGGAGCAGGCUUUCUAU